AUGAUACCAGUUGUUAGACUCUAUAUUCUUUCGAAGUCUUUUCAACUUUAUGUUGUUGUUCUUAGUGGUGGAGAAUUAUUUACAUAUCUUAAUAAACGACAGCAUUUUAGUGAACAAGAUGCUAAAAUCUAUAUUACUGAUUUAACACUUGCUCUUGAUGAAGUGCAUAAAGAUAAACGAACAUAUUCAUUUUGUGGUACAAUUGAAUAUACAGCGCCAGAAAUUGUUAAAAGUGGUGAUGCUGAACAUGACUUAAGUCUUGGUGUUCUUACAAUUGAGCUUUUAACUGGUGCUUCACCAUUUACUAUUGAUGGUGAUCGAAAACACUCAAUCAGAAAUAUCAAAACAAGUUCUUUCUUUCAAAACUAUGAAUUAAUCGAUCGUAAAGGUUUUCUUGGUAAAGGCAGUUAUUCAAUUUGUCGACGUUGUCAAAAUCGUCGAACACGAGAAGAAUUUGCUGUAAAAAUAGUUUCACUUCGACAAGAAAUUGAUACUAAAAAUGAAAUUGAUCUUUUAAAUUUAUGUCAAGAUCAUGCUAAUAUUGUUAGAUUACAUGAAGUUUAUUUUAAUGAGCUUAAUACCUAUAUCAUAAUGGAAUUAUUGAUGCGUGGUGAAUUUUUCUAUCGAAUUCGUACACAAACAUCACUUUCUGAAAAAGAAGCAAGUCAAUUAAUGAGAAAACUUGUAUCAGUUGUCAAUUUCAUGCAUAGUACUGAUUUAUGUCAUCGAGAUCUUAAACCAGAAAAUUUACUUUUUUCAUCAUCUCUUCUCGAUGCUGAAAUAAAGAUAAUUGAUUUUGGUUUUGGUUUUGCUAAAAAAAGUACUAAACAUCAACCGAUGACAACACCAUGUGGUACACUCUUAUAUACAGCAUUAGAAGUACAUCGUGCUGCAACAUCACUUAAUCAUUAUCAAUCAUCUUCUCUUUCGAUAUCAUCAGUAUCAUCUUCGUCUUCAUCAUUAUCAUCAACAAGUACAACUGUAGCUCUUGUACCUUCUACAUUGACAAAUACAAGUCCAAUUACAUAUGAUUAUGAUGAGUCAUGUGAUUUAUGGUCACUUGGUGUUAUUUUAUAUACAGUGUUAAGUGGUGAAGUUUCAUUUAAUUCGAUAACAACUCAUCGAACAGCUGAAGAUAUUGUUGAAGAUAUUACACCAGCUAAACAUUUUGUUAAAGGUUUGUUGACAGUUGAUCCAUCAAAACGUUUAACAAUUAAAGAUUUAUCAAGAAAUACUUGGCUUCGAGGUUCAAGUAUUCAAACAUCACAUGAUCUUUUAAUGACACCUAGUAUACAUUGUCAAGCAUCUCAAUCUCUGAUUAUAUGUGUUGUAUCUACUAAUAAUGUUCCUUCAUCUAUAUUAUCACAUACUCGUCGUUUAUGUAGAAAUGGUGUUUGUCGUGAUCGUCAUGCUCCAUGUCCACCAACAAAUGGUAUUUCAUCUUUAUCAUCAUUUGAUUUUAGUGAUGAAAGACUUUCACAAUUAAUAAAUCAAUAUCCAUUAACAACGACAAUACCACCAAAAAGAUAUGGAAUGACAUUAAGAUCACGAGCAACUGUUGCUAUUAAUGGUGUUCAGCAUGAACUUGCAUCUCCUGUUUUACCUCCACCAUUACUUUUUGUACCUUCUUUAUCUUUUUCUUCAUCUUCCUCUUCAAUUAUUAUAGAUAUACAUUCUUCAACGAAUACUAAUAGUGAGAAAUGUUCAUUAAGAUCACGCAUUCAUCAUCCAUUGGCAUCAGUGAAUAAGAAAAUGAAACGAUCCGGUACAAUAACUAUUGACGAUUAG